AUGUCCACAGCACAGAGUCCAGGCCCCCGGGGGUCCACCGGGGAGAGGAGCCACGGUCACGUUGAUCUGGUGCCGCUCACCGCCAACUUCACCAAGAUGCUGACAAAAGGCAGCGCUCGCUUCGGCGCCCUGAGUCACCACUCCUUCUUUUCCCGCCACAACCCUCACCCAAACAGGGUGAAGCACAUUCAAGGACUUAAUGGAAGGCCCAUUUGCACGGUGAGGGAUGAUUGGUUCGUCACCUCAUCUUUAUUUCCUCAUCCACUUCUCAAGGGCCACACGCUCAGGAAAGCCGCGGCGCCGGCCUUUGCCUUCCCUUAUGUUCAAACUCUGCACGGAGUGAGCGGAAACCAAAGCAAAUCAGCGCUGUUUUCAGAGGCCUGGAGGGAUGAGCUCAAGGAGCUGGUUGCAAAAGUCAAUCUGUCUUCUCAGGCACAAAAAGACAAAAAAGAGGAAACACAGGAGGAUGGAUUUGUCCGUCGACAGACGCAAUAUUCAGCAGAAACGGGGAGGAUUAUUCCUCCAUCCAGCAAGUCUUAUCACCGCAAAUCCUAUUCGCAGCAUCUGAAGUACCCUCAACCUUUCCGGGAUCAAGAACUGACGGUUUUGGAGGUUCUCUGUCAGAUCCUGCAGACAGACUCCCUGUCCACAGUCCAGCAGUGGCUUCUGCUGGCAGGACAAAGAGAGAAAGAUCUGGUGAUGGGGAUGAUCAGGCAAGCUCUGGGUGGCGUCGAUCUCUCAGGUCGUGACCUCCAGCACUUUCAGCCUUAUCGUGCCGGCGCAUCUGCUCCAGUGUGCGGUUCAUCCUUUGAGCAACCAUGGAGAAAAACAAGGAAAACAAGGUCAAGAUGA